AUGGAUCCUUGUCCUUUCCUUCGAAUCACUAUCGCAAACUUAGUGGUACUGCUUCUGGAUAAUCGGAAUCUUCCUUCGACUGUGUUGCUUGAUUGUAACAUUAAGCUUAAAGGUUUUCCAACACAAGUUUCAACCAUCAACGCGUUUCCUAAACAAGACCUUGUUUUAAAGAACAAAAUACAUGCCUCUUUCAAUAUGAACAAAACCGGCAUUGAAAAAUUAACUGCUAGAGGAAAAACAUGUUGUUUGAAGAUUGAAAUUUGUGCGACGAAGAGUAUGGGCAUUGGUUUUGGAUAUUAUAUUGGUGGGAGAAUUUUGGGGAGUGUGUUUGCUGAAGUUGAUUUGAAGGGUUUUGAAAGUAAAGGUAGUAGAGAAGUUGUGAUUAAGAAUGGAUGGGUGUUGGUUGGUCUAGCAAAAGAGCAUCUGAAUGUGAAAGUUCAACUUGAACCAAGAUUUAUUUUUCAAUUUGAUGGCGAACCGGAGUGUAGUCCACUGGUUUUCCAAGUUAAUGGUAAUUUGAAACAACCUGUUUUCACUUGCAACUUCAGUUUGAAGAACCCUGAUGAUUGGAAUUCGAUAUCACGAUCUUCGAUAUCAGAAAGAAGCACAUCAAUAGGCUGCUUUAACUGUUGGACAGCUGGUAAUGAUAUACGGAGAAAACAGCGAAAGGGAUGGUUAGUGACAAUCCAUGACCUCUUUGGCUCACCAAUUGUUGCAGCAUCAAUGGUGACCCCAUUUGUCCCAUCACAAGGUUCAAAUAGGAUUUUGUACCGUGGAUUUGUGAUGUCAUCCAUGGUUAAGGAUGAUGGAAAAUGUAGUAAGCCGAAGGUGAUUGUAAGGGCGCAGCACGUGAGCUGCUCGGAGGGUGCUGCAGUUUUUGUUGCAUUAGGAGCUGCUAUAUAUCUUAGUAUGGAUGCUUGUCAGCCUUUCUCUUAG